AUGACUAAAAUAAAAAAUUUUCUGUCCAACUUUUUUCAUCAAUUAACUUCGCGCAAGAACUCGGGUUCAACUUCAUUCGCGAUUGUUGAAAGCAACAAAGACAAUGAACAACGAGAAAUAGAUGUUAAAAGCAGUGAAAAUAAUAAACAACGAGAAAUAGAUGUUAAAAGCAGUGAAAAUAAUAAACAACGAGAAAUAGAUGUUAAAAGCAAUGAAAAUAAUGAACACCAAGAAGUUAAAGUCGAAAGCAGUAAAAAUAAUGAAUACAAAGAAAUUGAAGUCGAAAGCAAUAAAAAUAAUGAACACAAAGAAAUUGAAGUCGAAACCCAUAAAAAUAAUGAACAACAAGUGAUUGAAGUCGAAAGCAAUAAAAAUAAUGAACAACAAGUGAUUGAGGUCGAAAGCAAUAAAAAUAAUGAGCAACAAGUGAUUGAAGUCGAAAGCAAUAAAAAUAAUGAGCAAGAAAUUAAAGUCGAAACCCAUAAAAAUAAUGAACAAGAGAUUAAAGUCGAAAGCAAUAAAAAUAAUGAACAACAAGAGAUUAAA